AUUGUCCUCAGCCACCACAGCCAGAGAAUGGAGGCUAUAAAUGCCACCCCAGCCCCUGCAACAAUCCUCUGACUUCAGGCAGCGUCAUAGAGUAUCUGUGCGUUGAAGGCUACAUGCUGAAAGGAGAUUAUAAAUACUUGACCUGCAAGAAUGGAGAGUGGAACCCAGCCAUGGAAGUCAGCUGCAGGCUCAGCCCGGAAAAGGACUCUCCUCCAACAAUUGGAGUACCCACGCUGUCCAUAGUGGCCUCCACAGCAAGCUCCGUCGCCCUGAUUCUGCUCUUAGUUGUGCUGUUUGUUUUGCUGCAGCCAAAGCUGAAGUCGUUCCAUCACAGCAGGCGAGACCAAGGUGUGUCUGGAGAUCAGGUCUCUAUCAUGGUGGAUGGUGUCCAAGUGGCCUUGCCAUCCUACGAAGAAGCGGUGUAUGGCAGCACAGGGAACUGCAUUCCACCCUCGGACUCCCGAGUGCAGAUCGUGCUCUCGGAGGGAGCUGGGCAGAACGGAGACAGAGAGAUGCAGCAGCAGGACCAAGGGGCUCACAAUAGCUUUGAAAGAGAAGAUGAAGCCCCCGGACAUUCUGGACUGUGUGAAGCCAGUGGCUCUCAGCGCUCUGAAACUGUUCUUGUGCAUCAGGCUGCUACUUCUUCCUGGGUAGCUGGCAUGGCUAGCAGUAGACCUGUACACAAAGAGGUCCAAGAUUCAGAAAGCAGUGACAUACAGAGCCUUUUAUCGCUCACUUCCUCCGAGGAAUACACAGAUGAUAUUCCCUUAUUGAAGGAAGCAUGAGGCCUGCUGUGUUCACCUAGCCUUCUCCCUCUUGGAUUUCUUCUUCCUCCCUUCCCCUGCCUUCAAGACAGAAGCACUCUGUGCAGCCUUCCCCGUCCUCGCGAGCUGUGCCCUGGAUACCUCCAAGCAGAGACGCCCUCAGCUGAAGAUCCAAAGGAUGUCACCAGGUUGCCUCCUGGAUGCACCAGUGGGGUUGGUGCAGCGCUGGCUUCCCCAUUCCAUCUGCAUCAGGGGCUCAAGGAACAGAGUGGGUUUGAGCUCUCUUCUCCUCUUCCCCAGCCAGAUGUUUGACAGCAGUCUCUGAAGAGCUGCUGUUUUCUCGUGCCUUUCUCCUCCUCACACCGGCUUCUUGCAGCUUAUCGGCCUCUCUAGCCCUUCUGCUGCCCGGAGAGCAGGGGCUGAAACCCCUUGCGCACUGGGUGCAGACACCGUUUAUAUAUAGGUAUAUAUGUUAUAUAGGCUCUUCUUCCAGCAUCCCCUUGGUGAUAGGGCGGGACAAAGCGCCUCACUGGGACUGAAGCUGGGCUUGGCGGGAUCCCAGUUAAG